CACUUCAUCUCGGUAUGGCUCCUGUAGUAGACCCCAAUUCGAAAGGCCCGUCAAAAGGUUGGAUCUCAACAUUUCGGAGGAUUGUCCGCAACUUCACUCCUUCAUGGUUUGCCAUUACCAUGGGGACCGGUAUGAUCUCGAUUCUUCUCUUCAAACUGCCGUAUAAUGGGGCAUGGCUAUACUGGAUAUCGGUGGCAAUCUUUGCUCUGGACGUCUUUUUGUUUACUCUUUUCUUCUCCGUCUCCACCGUGCGAUAUAUUUGUUAUCCGGAAAUCUGGCAAGCAAUGAUAAAACAUCCGACAGAAUCGCUGUUCCUAGGGACAUGUCCAAUGGGCCUCGGCAUUAUCAUUGAGAUGAUUAUAAACAUAUGCGUCCCAGCCUGGGGCCCUUGGGCAGCGACUCUUGCUUGGACGCUGUGGUGGAUUGAGGUGGUGACCUCAAUCGCGAUUUGUCUCUACCUCCCUUUCAUUAUUAUGUCUGUCCAUAAAACCGAGAUCUCUUCCCUAACAACCUUAUGGCUGCUGCCUAUCGUCUCAACAAUUGUGUGUGCGGCAACUGGAGCCAUGGUCGCAGAGACUUUGACCAACUCCGCACAUGCUUUGUGGACUUUGGUUGUCAGCUAUAUCCUAUGGGGAAUUGGUGUACCUCUCGCGAUGUUCACGCUGGUGCUGUAUUACCACCGUCUCACAAUGCACAAAAUUCCUCCACGGGAAGUUAUCUCCUCGGUGUUCCUCCCUUUGGGACCGCUUGGCGAAGGGGGAUUCGGGAUCAUGAAGAUAGGCCAAGUCUCACUGGCAAUCUUCCCUGCGACAAAUACCCUCAUACCUGUGGCUGGCCAGAUUUUGUAUGUGUUUGGCUUCGUAACUGCUCUUUUAAUGUGGAGCUUUGGGCUUGCCUGGCUGGUCUGGGCUUUAGCUUCUUUUGGAAGAGCUAAGUCUCCGUUUAAUAUGGGUUGGUGGAGCAUCGUAUUUGCUACUGGUGUCUUCACCGGAUCAACCAUAACAAUAGGACAAGAGAUGACGUCAAGGUUUUUCAAUGUUCUCGGAACGGUUUUUACUGUCAUAAUUAUUCUGUUCUGGAUUGUCGCAUCUGCAUACACACUCCGUGGAACUAUCUCUGGGGACAUAUUCUUUUCCCCAUCCGUCGCACAGCUUGAGGAUACAGAGUAGCUGAUAUAUUCUGGGCUUGAAGUGCCAAAAUGGACAUGGAUCUUGAUGACCUCUUUACUCGCUCGUCUGACGAGUUUCACUAUUGCCCAUAUGUCUGAAUAGGUAUGAUGUUACGGACAGCUGGUAUCGACAAAGCAAAC